AGCUGAAACAUGAGAUUUAUGUUUGGAGACUGACUGCACAGCGCAUUAACCCUGCCAGCAGAGAGGAGACUGCCGUGAAAUGCCUCUUGAUGCAGAAGGUGCUGACCCUGGAGAUGAUCCUGAGGAAGAAGCUCAGGACAUUUCACAGACAAAUUUCACAAGAAGAUAAGAACUGGGAAACAAAUAUACAGGAACUCCAGAAAAAACAUAGAAUAACAGACAAAAUUCUUCUCAUCAAAUGCCUGGCUGUGCUGGGAUGUGUCAUUCUUAUGUUUUUUCUCAACUCAUUUGUUCCAGGCAUCUACCUAGAUCUUGGCUGGAUUGCCAUGUUGGGAGCCAUUUGGCUGCUAGUGCUAGCAGACAUCCAUGAUUUUGAGAUGAUACUGAGCAGAGUUGAGUGGGCAACCCUCCUUUUCUUUGCAGCGUUGUUUGUUCUCAUGGAGGCUUUGGCUCAUCUGCACUUAAUAGAGUAUAUAGGAGAGCAGACAGCUCUGUUAAUAAAGGUGGUUCCUGAGGACCAGCGCUUGGCCGUGGCCAUUGUUUUAGUGCUCUGGGUGUCUGCUUUGGCCUCCUCCGUGAUUGACAAUAUCCCUUUCACAGCUACAAUGAUUCCUGUGAUUAUCAACCUCAGUAAAGAUCCUGAUGUUAACUUGCCUAUGAAACCAUUAAUCUUCUCAUUGGCCAUGGGUGCAUGCCUUGGAGGUAAUGGAACAUUGAUUGGAGCAUCUGCGAACGUUGUUUGUGCAGGAAUUGCUGAACAGCAUGGUUAUGGUUUCUCUUUCAUGGAGUUUUUCAGGUUAGGUUUCCCCAUGAUGAUUGUGUCCUGUACCAUCGGGAUGUGCUAUCUUCUUGUUGCUCAUGUUGUAGUAGGUUGGAACUCAUAG